AUGAAGGAGCGGGCCCCGCCCCCGCCCGCCUCGGCUUAUCAGUGCGUGCGCUGCGCUAUGGCCCCGCCCCCCCGGCCAGGCACCUUUCUCGCGGAGGCGGAGCUUUUGUCAGGAAGGCCAAGUCUGAAAUCGGGACGGCAGGCCUGCAGGCUGGAAGCUCAGCAGGUGCUGACUUUGCCGUCUGUUUCCGAAAGCCUUGGACUUCAAUUAGUGGGUCCGUAUGACAUCCUUGCCGGAAAACAUAAAAUGAAAAAAAAAUCAUCAAGCCUGAAUUUUAACCUUCACUGGAGAUUUUACUAUGAUCCUCCUGAGUUCCAGACAAUAAUUAUUGGAGAUAAUAAAACUCAGUUCCACAUGGGGUAUUUCAGGGAUUCUCCUGAUGAACUUCCUGUAUAUGUUGGUACAAAUGAAGCAAAGAAAAACUGUGUAAUUGUUCAAAAUGGAGAUAAUGUGUUUGCUGCCGUUAGAUUAUUUUUGAUGAAAAAACUUAAAGAAGUAACAGAUAAAAAGAAAACUAGUUUCUUGAAAUCCAUAGAUGAAAAGCUCACAGAAGCAGCCAGAGAACUGGGGUACUCACUGGAACAGAGAACCGUGAAGAUGAAACAGAGAGAUAAGAAAGUCGUGACAAAGACCUUUCAUGGUGCAGGCUUGGUUGUUCCAGUAGAUAAAAAUGAUGUUGGGUACAGAGAGCUCCCUGAAACAGAUGCCAACCUCAAGAGAAUUUGCAAGGCAAUUGUUGAGGCACCAAGUGAUGAGGAGAGACUAAAGGCUUUUGCUCCCAUUCAGGAAAUGAUGACCUUUGUGCAGUUUGCUAAUGAUGAAUGUGACUAUGGCAUGGGGCUAGAGUUGGGAAUGGACCUCUUUUGUUAUGGUUCACAUUAUUUUCAUAAAGUUGCUGGCCAGCUUUUACCUCUUGCAUACAAUCUGUUGAAGAGGAAUCUCUUUGCAGAAAUUAUUGAAGAUCAUCUGGCAAACAGAAGUAAAGACAACACAGACCAGCUUGCAGCAUGAAAGCUGGCUUUCCGUGGUGUACAAUAUUUUAAAGCAUUAAUAUUAAACUUGUGAUUUUUGUUUGUUUUUAAGGGAUACAGAAAAUAAACUGAUGGAAACAUUUACUAAAAAAAAAAAA